CGAAUGAUUACAAAGAACAGUUUGGUUGUCAUUGCGUGUGAAAAAAAUGUAAUGAAUCUGUUUUAUUAUUAACGAAAUGGCAUUUAUGGGUGCUAUUGUGAACAUUUUCGGUGGAGAUUGUCCCAUAUCGUCGGAAUGCCUCGGGAAGGAGGACUCUUCCUUGCUAUCACGGUGUUUGCUGCAAAUUGGAGCCUGGUUAGAUGAAAAACUUCAGAAUCAUGGUUUGGAGGGACCAAUAAACGACCACGGAACCGCCGAGGGACGCCUUGGGCCGAAGAAGACCAUCUUCGAUGUAACCGAGGAUGGUUCUAUUUUGGUAUCCAAGGACAAGCUAACCCUGCAGUCUCAGAAUGCAUUCUCAACGGUGAAGGCGAAUUGUUGCGUUUAUUCGGGACGAUGGAUGUAUGAGGUUCAGUUGCGAUCGAAGGGGGUGAUGCAGAUUGGAUGGUGCUCGGCACAUUGCAAAUUCACGCAAGACACGGGCGUAGGGGACACACGUUACAGUUAUGGAUUGGACGGAAGUAAGCAACGAAUAUGGCACGUGUACACCCAGAAAUACGGCCCAUUCUGGAGAUCGGGAGACAUUUUCGGUGUUUGCGUUGAUAUGGACGAAGGGAAGAUCGAAUAUUAUCGGAAUGGUACUGCUCUGGGUGAGGCAUUCAAAGAUAUCGAGAGAGGGCCUGGAUUGGCGCUUUACCCUGCUGUAUCACUUGCCUUUAAUGACAGCCUCACUGCCAAUUUUGGAGGGUCACCUUUUAAGCAUCCCAUAAAAGGUUACAACAGCCUGCAGGAUCCUCCGGAUGUCUUGCUUUACCAGGCAGACAUUCUCCUCCAGUAUUUAGUCAAUCUCUCAGGAGCCAUUUCUCGUUACGCCCAAAGCGAACAAGAAUCGUUGAAUUCGUCCGUCCCAGCUCUGUCAUUCGAAUCGAUUUAUAUGCUGAUUGCUGGAAUGCUCAUCGAGAAAAUAGCGCCACUGCUAGCGAACUCAUAUGUGAUUGAAGACAAUGUUUUUAAGUUCAUUAGAGGGAUGUGUGUUCUCCGGAGCAAUACCAAGAACGAAUCUCUCACUCAACCGGGUUCUCCGGAAAGUACACUUGGGAUGUUUCUUACUUUACUCUGGACGUACCUUGAGCCAGAUGAAAUGAAUCUUUUUCUGAAGAAACUGCUCAAUUUCCUAGCCAACACUUAUAAGGAAACUCCGGUGGAUCUCGAGUACGAGAAACAGCGCAAAAUAAUUGUCAUCCUGACCUGCAUUUGCACCCAUCCCCAAACUCGGAAGUAUCUGCUGGAAUUUAAAUUCUUCAAGAAAAACUGCCUGCCACUGUUUUUGUACACAAAACCGCCCGACGAGUCAACACUAGAGCAACUGUUGCCGGAUGGUGCCAUCUGGACUGAGGGGUUGGGAGGAUCCAAAGUGGCCUAUCAGGCUGGCUGCGACAAACUGAAGGCCCACACCGGAGUGCUGUACACGUUGCAGAAGAACCUGAUACACAUACUGCUCAACAACACUGACGGUGAGGAGAUUUGUUCGCCCUCCAGUCGGAAGAUAUUCAUGGCCAAGUUGAGGAAAUUUGUGAUGGAUAACAACACGGAGAUGAGGGGCUUGCUCUCAUCAUCCACCCAGCCUGCCAUCGGGCUAUCAUUCCUGUGCACCCUACUUGACGUCGCCCGAACGCUUUGGAACGAUGAGGUUUCACCACUUAAUGAUGGCGAUCCGCCACCAUUCAUCGAUUAUCGUUACUUCUAUGAUGGGACCUUUAAAUAUACCAACAUCGACCGCAUUGGUGGUGUUCUAUCCUACCUGAGGAAGCACUUCCGGACUCAGCUGGUGGAAAAACUGGGCGAGGACCACCCGAGUUUGGUGCUGGUCGAUCAGCAGUCGGAUCUUCGUAACGAGAUCGCCGCGUUCAAUGCUUUCCUAGAUUCGGCUAUUUUUCUCGUCUCAGGAGGACCCAACUCGGCCUACUCGUUGGUUUCGCGAGCAGCUUCCAAUAUUGCGUUGGAAUUGCAUCAUCAGGGUGAAUCAUCACUGGGCUCCAACCGACCGGGUCCCACUGGACCUAUCAACUGUGGAAAUAUGGACAGCAGAUUGUCGAUUUGCGAUCUGCUGGAUUGUGCGGUUUUAUUCUACUUCUCAGUUGCUCACAAAUACGUCGUGAUGAUCGCUGAUUUGCGUGACAACAUUAGCCACUUGUCGGAUAUUCUUCUGGAGACGAAAAGCAACUGUGAUGAGGUUGUGCAGAAUCUGGAGGAAUUGAAGCGGGCCAGUGGUGACACCGAGUUUUGCAAGACCCAUGAGGAAUUGAUCCAAGAAUUGGAUACACGUUUCGGACAGCGGAAGAGUAUUUUUGCGAAACGCUCAAUGGAAUUGGCUCGCAAGCAAGCCUGGUAUCGUUCGGUCGCUUUAGGGAGCUAUCGCCGGAACUUACUCUGUUGGAUGGCGGGUAUAAUAUUCGAAACCUUGCAACGGUUCAGCGAUGAAGAUGCUCUGUUUUCGUUCCUGCCGGAAACCUACGUCAACGUUGUUCCCGUACUACUGGAUACAAUUUUAGAUUUCAGCUUUCAUGACACUGCCGUACAGCACGACCUUUCGUCGGACAGCCGAUUGAUCAAAUCAGCAGCGGAAUUUCUAGCACAACACCUCGCGGACACCAGAGUGAUCCUGGCAUCCUGUAAGGAUGCUCUCAUUCAAGCGCUUGGUUCACUGACCUGCCACGAGGCAGGGAUCCGUGCUUUGGAACAAGCCUCGCAAAAGAGUCAGCAAGCGCUGGUUCGAGCGUUGCUCCGACCAUACGAAAACCGAGCCUGGGGUCAGAGUAAUUGGUUGCUGCUUCGUUUCUGGCUCGGGGAUGGAUUCGCGUACAGAGAGUCCAGACCCCAUUGUGUGUGGCAGACAGGAAAGCAACCGGUACGGUCUCUUGGGUUGUACCGUAGCAGGGCGAAAAAUGGAUCCCACACUGGUUUGCUGCAUCUGAUCGCACCCGCAUGUCCCUCUAAACAUUUUCAACGGAUGAUAAGUGAAAUGCUGAGUAAGGAUGAGCCCUAUUGCACCACCUUUCUGAAUUCGGUACUUUCCCAACUAAACUGGGCUUUUUCGGAGUUUAUACAUAUUUUGCAGGAUAUUCAAAAUGUUUCCCAGCGUGACGAGCAACAGCUCAUCGAAACGAAGCAGUUGAAAAUCUGUUCGAUGUGCUUUGAGCUGACGGUAUCACUGAUGCGUGCCCUAGAGAUGGUCGUAACAAUCACUCCCGGACUGCUGCUGGAUGCAUCGAGAGCGAACGGAGAGAUUAUUCUGGGUCGUAUUUGUCAGCUUGCCAUACAAGUGCUGUCCCGUGUUACUAUCCCGCCCGGUUGCUUCCAACAUGUUAUGGAUCUUUGUCUGCCAGAUCUGAGCAAUGUGACUCAUUUCGCAAUCAUCAGUGCUGCCAUUGGGAUUCUGCUGGCGCUUAUGAACAAUGAACUCGGCAACGAUGGCUCGGAGAGUUCAAGCAGCGCCACCGAUAUCAGCGCCAUCAAGGUUCCGCGUAUUUCGAAGCACCUUCUAACAGAUACCAGCUUCCGGAUCACAAGCUUGGAAUUCGCACUGGGUGAAAUCAAAACUCCCAUUGCGACGAGCAGCCAGGAUGGUCCCAAAGGGAACUUCGAUCCGAAGAUGAGAGCUCACAUUGAUCCGUUGACGAACGAGGUCCGGUUGCCAUCGCCUUUUCGAGCAAUUGUCGGCGUUAAGGAGAUUGUUCCCGAUCCUCCGAUAAUCAAGUUCAAUAUGGCUGAUUAUCCGGAUCAUGUGACGCAUGAUGAGAUUCUUCAAAUUCGACGUCUCAUAGAAAUCCUGCAAUUGCGACAAACACUACUGUCGGAAAUAACAGUCCUAUCGGAGGACUCUUUGUGUCCCAUUUGUUACGCCAAGCAAAAUUCGGCUGUUUUUGAUCACUGUCAACAUCAAUCGUGCGAGAACUGCAUCAUCCAACAUUUGAUGAACAAUAAGCUAUGUUUCUACUGCAAAAUGCCGAUUUCAAAAGUGACUCGUCCGGAUGGAACCGUAAUCUACGAGAACAACACUCCGCUCAAGGUUUCUUCACUGCCGCAGACGACAAACGGUGUCUCGCAAACGACUGAAUCUACCGAUGAGGUUGAUGCUUCCGGUGGUCGUCCCUAGACAGUAUUUUUACAUUUGAUCUCACGUAAGUUUUUUUUUAUCUGCACUAUUACAAUUAUGCAAUUGUCACUGCUACAAACAAGCUUGGAUUGAAAACAACCUAAGGGAAGGUUCUAGUCAAAAUCAAUCAACGCGCCUAAAUUAAACAUCGAAGUGUGAAGAAGGGCUGAAGAGCAUACCAUUUUUAUUAUAAAAAGACAUCUAUAAACAAUAUAUCUGCUUACUGCUUCUCUGUAAAUGAGUUAAUUUACAACGAAACAAACUAAGGUUGGGUUUUUGUUACUUCCGAAACAUCCAUUUCUUUUCCUCAUCUGACAAAUUUCGCGUCAACUCGUCUGUGGGAUUGGCAUGACCCUCCCAGAACCUUAUGAAACAUUCUGGACCUGAAGACCUUACCUAAUUAAGCAACUUGGCAUACUUAGUUUUGGUGUCGAAUGGUGCCGCACCUAUCCUACAUUGAUAGUGAGUAGUCGUACAACUCAAUAAUACUUACGUAUCACUUAAUAUUAUAUUUCAGAAGUGGUAUUGUCCAAGCAAAG